AUGGCGGCGGCCUCGAGCCUCUCCGGCUGCCUCAAGCUGCUGGCCGCUGCCUUCUACGGCUUCAGCUCAUUCCUCAUCGUGAUCGUCAACAAGAGCGUCCUCACCAGCUAUGGAUUUCCUUCCUCGCUCUGUGUGGGACUAGGCCAGAUGCUGGCCACCGUAGUUGUCCUUUGGGUGGGAAAGGCACUCAGGGUAGUCAAGUUUCCAGAUUUUGAUAGACAUAUACCUCGAAAGACUUUUCCACUACCUCUUCUCUAUUUUGGGAACCAAAUCACAGGACUGUUCAGCACAAAGAAAUUGAAUCUGCCAAUGUUUACAGUCCUGAGACGGUUUUCCAUUCUGUUUACAAUGUUUGCAGAAGGAAUCUUACUCAAGAAAAAAUUUUCUUGGGGAAUUCGGAUGACAGUAUUUGCAAUGAUAAUUGGUGCAUUUGUAGCUGCAAGUUCUGAUUUGGCAUUUGAUCUAGAAGGUUACAUUUUUAUCUUGAUCAAUGAUGUCUUGACAGCUGCAAAUGGUGCCUAUGUGAAACAGAAGCUAGAUUCAAAGGAGCUGGGAAAAUAUGGUCUCCUUUAUUACAAUGCACUAUUCAUGAUUCUUCCUACUUUGGGCAUUGCCUACUUUACAGGAGAUGCACAAAAGGCAAUGGAAUAUAAAGGUUGGGCAGAUACCCUUUUCCUUGCACAAUUUACACUCUCCUGUGUGAUGGGGUUUAUUCUGAUGUAUUCAACAGUACUUUGCACUCAGUAUAACUCUGCCCUUACAACUACAAUCGUUGGUUGUAUUAAGAAUAUACUAAUAACUUACAUAGGAAUGGUCUUUGGAGGAGAUUAUAUUUUCACAUGGACAAAUUUUGUAGGAUUAAAUAUUAGUAUUGCUGGAAGCCUCGUAUAUUCCUACAUCACUUUUACAGAAGAGCAAAUAAGUAAACAGUCUGAAGCUAGCAUCAAGAUGGACAUUAAAGGAAAAAGCUCUGUAUGACAAAAGGCAUACUUACCAGAGUAACUCUCACUUUUUAACAAGAGGUGUUGACAAAUCAGUGUAGUGUGCAGUCUCUGAAUAGAAAUGGCUACUUUGUAUUUGCACAAUCUGAAGAUUGCUACCUUUGGAAUCAUUUAUUUAUACUGGACUGCACAUACGAUGUAUAGAUUGCAUUUAGUCUGCAAGGAAUUAUGUAUGUAGUGAAACAGGAGUAAUAAUGUCAAAUGCAGCACAAGUGUUGCUGGUCAGGAUUGGGCGCAGCAAGAAAAUGCAUCAUUGAAACCAAACAAGCCUAUUGUUCAAACUCUCAUGGCUUUGGCUUGAACUCUCCAACUCUUAACUGCAUUUUCCUUGAAGUCAUGCAAUCUGUAUGAAUGAAAUGUAUUUCCUACAUCUCGCUGCAUGAAGCUGUGUAUAAAUGAUGAUGAUAAGAUAUUCUGAGCUGCAGUUUGUGGGGAAGGUAGAUUUAUAUUCACAAUCAACAGAAAUGUUACCCAUACAAAUUUGGGACUUCUCAAUGUCCCAUCUAUUUUUUCCC